AAACCAUGAGGUAGCAGAAUAGCUCGUUUGACUUCCACACGCUGAACACGACGAAUGUUGGGUGCUGAGCAAGCAAAACUGCGCGACGUGGAUGUCUAAUGCAUUUUGCAUCAAGCUUUAUCUCUAGGGUCAAGCUUGAGACGGGGUCAACAUCAGCAAGGAAGGAGGAGCUCGGAGGCACCUGGCGACUAAUCCGGCGACUUCCCCGACGACUAACAGCACUUCAGUGUCGGCGGGCGUUAUGACACACCGGCCGAGUGUCGCAGCAACUCCUGCCACGCCAGCUCCGGCGACAGGCCCUGCAACACCUACACACGGGCUGUCUCCAUCUCUGCUGACCAGCCUGCAAAAGCGUGCCGCACAUCUUCGCAGCCUGCUCAAUAGCCUUCCCGAUGCAGCUGACGCUGCGUCUCCUUCACCACGCCCAGCGCCGCUGGUAGCACCGCUGGCUGGGCAGCAGCAGCGAGCUGUGGGGCUGCACGGAGCAAACUCAGCUGCCACCGCGGGAGCAAUAGGACAGCACGAGCGCUGUGUUGUGGCUGAGGCCGGUGCCCCCGGGCAGGCUCUGACCACUCGUAGCCGGGAGUCCUCCAGCGGCAGUGCCGGCGGGCGCAUCCGGCCGAGCGAUGUGCGGGUGUCGGCUAGCCAACUGGCAACAGCAGCUGCGUCCGCCUCUGCUGCAUUCGCUGCUGUGCGGGAGGAUGGCUCCUUAAACAGCAGCCCAGCAAAGGACGCGGCGGCAAGCAGGGCUGCCAGUGACGCUGGGCCUGAUGCAAGCAUGAGCACUACUGGUGGCGCUGCGGCAUCGGUGACCGGGGUUGCCGAGGGUGGUGCCAGCAGAGUUCUGGCGGACUCCCGAGAUGGCGAGGGGUUAGACCAGGCAGACAGGCGCGCCAAGCUUGCCGGCGGGCCUUCCGUUGGAAGGCUUCCGGCAUCUGCGUACGCUCCAUUCAUUCCGGAGCCGACUGCCGAUGGUCCUGAAUCGCAGCAGUUGCAGCAAACAGCGUCCACGCCAGGGGCAGGGUUCAGCACCGAAGGCCAGACGUUUUCUGCGCCGCGACUGCUGCCGCAGGAGCAGCAGCUACUACCUGCACGCUUCAUGCCGCACCCACCUGCGCAGCCGCCAGCCCCGCUGCCGCAGCCAGGACAGCCGCUGCAUAGCGACCGACAGUCUGGGCACGCCGUCGCGCCGUCCCAGCGCAGCGCAUCACCCGCAGCCAGCGCGCCGCCUCACCACCCGGCCAUCCCGGCGCCGACCCGCACGGAGGAUGCUGAGCCGCCGUCAUCCGCUGCUGUUGGAGCAGCAGGGCCUGUGCUUUCAGCGGGCUCAUCGCCAUCGCAUGCCGGAAGGCCGGACUCCCACCGGGGCCCACCGCUAGCGGUGCCAGUCGUGUGUGUGCCGGCACGCACUGUAGCUGCUCUGCAGGAUGAUGCCUCGCAGGGCCAGGCAGCAGCCGCGCAGGGCCCCCAAAACCAUGAACGGCGGCAUCAAUCCGUGCCACCGUGUGCUGAGACGCUCGCGUUCACGUCGGGAAGCCACUUUGCUGCUGCUUCUGCUGCAGCUGGUGCAGGUGUGGGUGCGGAAGACGGUCAGCGGCCGCAACCCCAGGGCAUGUCGCAGUCCAGCGACCGUGCAGCGGGUGCGGCAGGGACUGCUGUUCAGACGGCUUCCGGGGCCAGUGCCGACGCGCUUGGUGGCGGCGGCAAGCUGGCAGACGACUACUUGCAGCAGCCAGACGCCCGCACGAGUGCAGCCGCUUGUGGGGUGGACGCGCCGUAUGCGCACUUGUCCGCGGGGGUGGGCAGCAGUGAUGACGGCUACCAAGUGCGGGCCCAGGGCCGGGAAGCGGCUCUGUCGGAGGACGUGCUGGCGGCUGCCAUUGCCGCAGCGCGGAUAAGCGCGCAAGCCGCCUUCUUCAGCCCCGGCGCGCAGCGCGCAGUGCCCCGGCAAGCCGGCUACAGUGGCCGGGCGAGCAGCAGCGGCACGCCCGCCAGCCCGGGAGGAGGAGGCGGUGGUGCUUAUCACCGCCAGCCACACGUGAUGGGAAUGGGCGGCAUCAGUGCCGCCGCAGCGCCCUACAUUGCCCACUCUCCGGGGACCAUCACUCCGGGAACGGGGACCGCGGCCAGCAGCGUCCGCUCCGGCUUCAGCCCUGUGCGCAGCCCGUACGAUCUGCUGCUUCAUGGCGGACUUACGACAGGGCCGGCGGCGGUACUACUGCCAAUGGGGCCUGGGUCGGACGCGGGCCGGGGUGCAGGCAGCAUUGUCAUGCCUGGGGGAGCUGCACGGGCAGCCUGGUCGACCGCGUCGUCAGCAGGAGGCAGCAGCGUCGGGGUUGGCAGGAGAGGAGGAGGCACUAGCACGGCCCGUGCUGGUGGCGCCCGAGGCACAGAGGCCAUGGGCACUGAGUUCUUCCGGCGCAACAACCUGCUGCAGCGCAAGCGGCAGCAGUGGGCGGCGCAGGGGCAGCGGGAGCGUGAGAGCGAGUCUGGCGUAAGCACAGAGCACCGCCUCUCACUUACUGGCGCUGGAACGGCUGCGGUAAACAAGCCCCAUGCGCUCUGCACUGGAGCCGCGGAUAUGGGCACCCCACAGGCGCCUAUCCGGUCCCUGGAGGACUUGCAGCGGUGGGCGAUGCGGCGCGACAAGCGGCUGGCGGUGCUGCGUGAGGAGCGGGAAGAGGCCGAGCGACAACUUCAGGAGUCGCACCCCUUCCGGCCUACGAUUACAGAGAAGUCUCGCAGGAUGGUGGAGGCCGCUCGAGCCAGGUCGCCUGCGUCGCGGUCGCAACGGCCCUGGGCCGCCUCGCCCCUACCCGGAUCGGCAGCGGGGGAAAGCAUUGACGGAGUCGUGGAGACCGCGGAUGCCGCGCCAGCAGCUGCCGAGCAGCCGACAGCACAAACGACCUCCAAGCAUCCACCGCAGCAGCCGGAGCAGCAGCAACAGCAGCAGGAUGCCGUACCUUCGGUAGGAGUCCCAGCAGCCGCUGCAGGCGACCUGCUGAAUGCACUCCGCGGCUCGCGCCCAUGGCACACGCCACCGCAAGCAGCUGCGAUCAACGCAGCUGCAGCCUCCCUGCGAUCAUCCGUUGCCGCAGCUGCGGCAGUCGAGCUGCUGAACGCUGCUUCCACAGCCACAGCAGCCAGCCCAGAUCGCUCCGAGAUACAUGGCAAGAGCCAGGCUGUGUCGGGAACAGCGGCUCCUGCGAAGACACCGGGGAAAGCUACAGCGACCAUGACACCGGGAAGGGCGGGCGGCAGCGGUGCGGCAGCUGCUGGCGGUGGGACCCCCUCGGCAGCGGCGCUGCUGACCGCGGCACGGCAUAGCAAGUCGCGGGGACGGUAUUCCCUGGUUGCAGAUACGGAAGCUGUGGUGGGCGCUGUGGCAGAGGCCAUUGAGGACGCCGCAGCGGCGCUGCGGCGCACCAUCGAAGGCUCUACCUCGCCCAGGCGCAGCGCCAGUGGACUCGUGACGCGGCUCCGUGCCAGCGGUGAUGCGAACGACGUCUCAGCCGGUCGCCGCGCUGAGGGGGCCGCGCCCAAGGCAGUAGCAGCUGCAGGAAUGAAGGGGGGGCAGGCGGCGGAGCCACCGGCAGCGCCGCGACACGCACCGGGUUACCAGGGUGCGACCGCGUUGGCGCAGCAGAUAGGGCCCCAGGACUCGGGUAACUAUGCAGCUGCGUACGGCGCCCACCAUCAGGCUUCGGCGCCAGCAGGCCUGCACUAUGCGCCACCCAUCCUGGGCACCCAGCAAGGCGUGCACGCGGGCACGUACUACCCUGCGUCUGUGGAUACGGCUGUGCGUGGCGUCGGCAGCUCCAGUGGUGGCGCUGGGGGCUCCGGCGGUGGCGCGACGCUGCCCGGUGUGGCGCCCACGCCGUUUACGAUCGUGCCCGAUCCCCGCCAACCCUUCCCUGGAUAUGGGGCCGUGGGCAGCAGUAGCGUCGCUGCGACUACGUUCGGUGCAGCUGCCGCAGAUGGGAGCUCACGCCCUGUCAGCAACAGCAGCUGGGCGGCUGAGCUGAUGAGUGGAUCCAGGGAUAGCAACACGGUGGCAGCAAGUGCAGGCGCUGCAUCUGCUGCUGCAGCUACUGCAGCUGCCCGGCAGGCGCUAGCUGCAGGUGGUGUGUCGCGUCGCAGUACGCGCAGCACCAGUGGCGCGGGUCGGAGUGCUGCGUUUGCAGUCGCAGCAAGACGCACAAGCAGCAGCGGCGGCACGGGCGGCGGCAGUGCCGGCGGAGCAGCCCCGGGGUCCGCCUCUCCUGUGCAACGGCCCCAGGCUCCCGUGGUGCCGCCCUCGCCCUCGCCCUCGUCUUCUCCAAUCCCUGCUUUUGCGUCGCCAGCAUCAGCGGUGCGCGGCAGCGCAAACAACAGCAGCCGCAUGAGCCGUGCGCGUGUCAGCUGGAGUGACCUGGUGAGCGGCGGCGAGGGCGGCAGCGGAGGCGGAGCCGCCGGAGCAGAGCCCGACCCUCGCAGAAGCGCUGGCGGCACGAGUGAGGGUGUAGGCGUGGCGGAAGGGUCGGCUCUAACCACUAAGCCGGCCUCAGGAUUUAUGAUGGGCACUGUAGGCGCCUUUCGCCCAUCCUUUGACGGAGCCUCAUCACGCGGAAUGGCCACGACGCUGCCGGCACCGACCGUGCUCACGACGGCCAUGGAGCCACCUGUUGCUACAUCCUUCACCGUCUUGCCGCUUGUGGCGGGCAGCCACAUAGAGCAAAACGGCGAGCUGCGCACGCCGCAUGCCACGCUGCCUGGGCAGGGCGAGCCGCACCAGAGACAGCAGCCGGAGCAGCAGGGCAGUCUGGGGCCCAGGCCGGGGCCACAGACUCAGGCAGUGGCAGCGCCCAACGCCGCUGCACCUGACACCUACUCGUACCCUGCCAGGAGCCGAUCAGGCGGCUCGGCCAUGAGUGCGGUGGCGGCGGCGCUAGCAGUCGGAGCUUCGUCCACGACUGACUCGCCAGGCAUUGGCUCGCACCACGAUCCUGCUGCAACCACGGCAGGCGGUAGCGUACCGACAGGAGCAGCCUCAUUCAUGCCCACCGCUUUGGGCACAGCUGCUUAUCAGCACGUGCCAGCAGUGGCACUACCGGCGGUACAGGGAACAAGUGACGGCGGGGCAAGUAGCCGGGCGCGUAGCCAUGAUGCCUCUGCGGGCGGCGCUGUUUCUGAGCCGUCCUUUGCGGCCAUGCCUUGGUCAGCGGCCCGCAGCGUCGCCGUAGGGUCGAGCAGCGGGGGCGGUGCCAUGAGCGCGACGCGCGGCUUGAGCCCUAGUGACGGUACCAGCGUCUUCGGGGCGGUGACCUUGACCCUUAACAACGAUGCGGGCCAAGCGGAGCCGCCGGCGACGCCGCCGCCCCUGACGCCUGCACCGGAGGAGCACAAUGUUGAGGCGACGCGGCAGCGACACCAGGAGCUAGAAGGGCGUAAGGAUAGCCUUGCAGUGGCUCUGGAGGCAGCACUGCUGGCGGCGACAGCCGUGGCAACAGCCGCUGCGGCAUCUGCCGAAAAGGGAAGGAAGCUCGCAGCUGUUGGUGAUGCAACUACCACAGAUCCGGCCGUGGCGCGGAUUGAGACGCUUGCGGUGGCCCAUACGGACCCAUCGUCCACGACUCAAAUGGCAGUUUGCAACAAUGCCAACGGUUCCGGGGCAACGUUGCGUGUGAUGGGCACGGUCACGGAGUCGGUGGCUCCACCGGCUUCCGCCAGCAUCGCGGCAGGUGCGGUUGACGCCAACAACGAGCUUGGAAAUGCCCUCAUUGACAGUGAGCCAAGCUCACCAGUCCAAACUCGGCACGUGCCGCUGUCAAGCGUUCACAGUAGCGAGGGCGUCAAUGAGGCGCAUGUGUCGGCAGCGCGAGCACCAGUUGUCAAACAGCCUGCAGCUGCUGCGUCGGAUGUGCCCGCGCCGCCGGUUUCGCAAUUGGCCCUCGCAACGGCGGCGGCGCUGGCAAUGCGGGCGCGAUCUGAGACGUCGCUCCAAGCGAUUGCUGCUCCCGGCACAGUCGCCACUGGAACCUCGGCCCCGCUAGGCCUGGAGGGCAUUCCAGGCGAGCAGCUGGCUGUGUCCGGACGUGCUGGGUUGCACAGCGGCCUUAUCCUGGCCAUGACGGCAUCUGGCCCCGUGCAUGUGCCGCUCGGUGGGGGAACUUCAAUGUCUGCAGGCGGUGCUGUCGCCGCCAGCCCGUCUCCUUCGUAUGCGUCGGCUUCAGCGGCCUCUGCGCCUCGUGAUGCACGCGGCGUGGCGUUCACGCGGCUGCCCGCCUCAAACCCCUCCUCCGCGGCCAGUACGCCGCGGAAGAUGUCUGCCUCCCUCUCCAUGUCGGCUGCGCACUCGCUCGCGGCGGCCGCUGCAGCGGCCGCUGCUGCUGCCGGUGCCUCCUCGUCAGCUGGUGGCGCGCCGCCUGCGUUGCCUCAUGUGAGCCAACAAAGUGCUUUGCUACGCGGCUAUGCAAGCGCCGGCGGAGCGCCAGACAUGCACCCGCGGCCUUCGUCGCCGCUGCGCCCGGUCGGCUCUGUGCGCAAGCACGGGCUCGCGCUGCCCCCUGGCGUCGACGGCCUAGCACUUUCCUCCACAUCUCCAGCGUCGCCGCCAAAUGUCGUCAUGGCGUCUGCUGCUAUGUUAGUAGACAUGGCAGCUGGUAUCACCCCGCCCGGCGCCAGCAGCUCGCGCCGGAGGUCAUCACUGCUAUCCGCCGGCGGCUCCGUUGAGCGGCCGCUUGUCCAGUCCUGUCCGGUGUCGGUGACUUCGCCGCAGGAGCCAGCUCAGGUGGAUAACAGCGCGGGCGCGGAGGCGGAUGCAUUGUCGGCGAUAAGGUACGCUCGGAGUCCAGUGGCUGCCCUGCUGUCAGCUGGCCUCAUGCCGCAGCAGGAGCCGGAGGGGCAGCAGCACCAGGAGCGGCAGCAGCAGUGGCUGACAGAGCAGCAGGUGGAACCCGAGGCCACAAAAGCGCACGAUGACGGCAGUGAGGGUGACUCACUGCAGACCCUGCUUCGCCGCAUCGAAGCACUUCGGAGCGGCUCGGCCGCUGUGGUGGCCAAUCCCAGUGCAAGCAGCGAUGCACGCAGUGAGGCGGGUCCAGCUGCUGGCGCUGCCGCUGCACUGACGGCCCCUGGUAGCGCUGCGGCUGCGGCACAAAAGACGCACACUGGCAACCACAGCGCCGACACGCCUGUGCGUCUUGCAGAUCGCAGUAGUGGCGUGGUCUCGAGCCCUGGUGCGGCUGAGCUGUCACUGGAUGCCCUGGUGCGGCGCGCGGAGCUGGCCCGGGCAGCCGCCCUCAUGGCUGCUAUGGAGCCAGAAGUGCACUCCCCGCCGCCGCGGUCAUCAGACGCCCUGCAACACGGCACUGCACCGGCGGCACUGACAGCUGCAAGGCACGCGAACGGCGUGUCCCCAAGCAGCAAUGCGCCCACACCUCGGCACCAGGCCGCGGAGGCUGAUACGGCGGUGGAGUCGCCUGCGCCCAGUGAGGCACAGCCAUCAGCAUACUCCAUGCCGCGCCAAGGAGAGUUACCGUCACCAGGGCUGUGUGACAUGCAGGGUGUUGUGGAGGCAGAGGCUACGGGUGUGCCGGAGCCCAUGCGGUCGUCCUGGUCCCUGGCGGACUAUGUCCCGUCAACAGGGGCGACACGAAGCCAGAGGUAACGAUCAGGUCAAGUUCAUGUGCGGAUGCGCAGACGUCCCUAUUCCAGAUACGCGCCUGCUUACAGCCAGGAAGAGGGGCGUGAAGGUAGAUGCACUCGAUUACGUGAUGCCCAUCCGGGACCCAAUCAUUAGUACCAUGCUUGUUCUGCAAAGCUUCUUACAGCAACAUGAUUACGCAGCCGCACAACAAGGAUUCAGCAGGACACGCUGCGUGAGCGCGCGCGUGUGUGUGGCGGGAGGGUGCGAAUUUCCAAACCCAAAUAUGGCGAACCGUGGAGGAUGCGUCACUGCCAGGACUAAUGAGCUGUAUGCUGCUAUACUGCGUGCGUGUACAGUACUGCCUAUUGGACAUGACGUACUUGAAAUACGGCAACGUGCUUGACACAACCCUCACGCCUGUCAGGCUGAGGAGCAUGGGACAAGGCCUGGCCGGAUGGGUUGGCCGGCCAGUGUGCCAGAGAGACGCAGAGAGAAGCGUAUACACUGACAGGGCAAAACCUACUGUGUUAUCAUUUAAGUGUGGAGGAACGAAGAGGUCUGCAGAGAUUGGGACGAGUGGUAUGAUAGGGUGCCGUGUAAUCUUUAGCUGGGCUCAGGGGCUAAGUUUGGCAGUGUAUGUUUUGCAACCCGACAUCAGGCUGACAUCCACAAGAAUGUCGGGAGGAAUGGGCUCUGCUGAUGCCAGACGCGAGCCUUGGGCGCAGCGGGCGACAGGGGUGCCUAACAGUGACGAAGCAAUGCAGUCGCCGCGGGCCAGGGGCACCCCUGCGGCCCUGCCCUUUACCCUGUCCCAUCGCACCCCUGCGGCCCUGCCGCGUGCCAAAUGGCCAGUGAGCAAGGAGAGUGGGCUGUACGGCACAGGGCCAGCGCAUACUUGGAAGCCAUGUGGCAAGCAACUGAGCAUGGGAACUUUACAUGCUGGGGCGUGCGGGGCCAAAGUAAGUGUAUUGUAUGUAAUGGUGCAGGUCCGGCUAACCCUCAACUAACUCGUGUACGGCACUCCACUUCAGCCGUACAGGAGUUUGCGUGAAAGUCGGCAGCUGCGCGGGGUGAAACAGGUAGUUGUACGGCGGCCCGGCUCGGAAGCUACCUGACUGUAGUGACGCACUCGAGUCGUUGGCGCUAGUCGGCAGGCGCGCGAGUGGGAGCUGGUAGUUGAGCGCGCACGCGUGUGGGAAGCUGCGACUGAGCACGGCGGAGAUCGGCGGAGACCGGCGUUGGCGCAGCGCGCAACUGCGCAAGUGGGACUGUGGGAGUGUGUAGUCGUGCGCGCGCCGUGUGGGAAGCUGCGUGUAAACUCAGAGACACGCAUGGGGCUGACCCUGUUUCGAUAAGCUGACUCUGGGCGCACACGGGUUCACACGGUUGACACUGGGACCCAAGCGCGGUGGGGGCGACGCCAGGCGCCCCUCCGCGUUGACACUGGGACAUCCACACGGCGGGACUCGCUGGAGUGUGUGAUGGGACAGUGGUAAGGCAAGUUGGAGUCCCAGACGGGGGCUGGGGGCACGCGCGGGCAGGGCGAAGGUGCGGUUCGCGCGGGCGGGGGCAUUCUGCUGUUACAAGGGAGGUGGUGGAGCUCUCAUGGGAGCAAGGCACUGCUCAACCCCAUCUCCAACCACAAGACU